GCAUUAUGUUGCUAAGCAACCAAAACAAAUCAAGCUCAAGUCAAAACAAAUAAAAUUUAAGUUUCUAAAUUAAUACGUGUGAUCUAUACAAGACAAGAUAUGGCCCAAGCCCCUCCUUUCCGACCCGGUGCUCCAGGAGGACCUCCCAUGAUGCCCCCAGGACCCCUUGGUGGCCCAGGAGUUCCGGGUGGCCCAGGGAUGCCUCCACCUCCCAUGGGACAACCACAUCCUGGCUAUCCUGGAAUGAGGCACAGUUCUUUUGAACCUUACCCUGUACAACCUGUGGGCGAUGGUGGUAGCAAAAAGGGAAAGAAAGGUAAAAAGAAAUUAAAUGAGGAUUCAGACGCAGAGGAUGAAGAAUGCAAAUGUCCUCCCCAGCAACCAUCCACACAGAUCUUCAUCUGUCCACCAGGAUGUCAUCCCCCUAGCAUGGGAAUGGGAAUCGGAGCACAACCAGGGAUUUGCGGACAGGAGUGUGGAUCUGGUUCCCCAUUUUUACAACAACAAAACCAAAUUGAUGCCUCGAAGUUGUGUCAGAUCCAGUGCUAUGGUGGAGGCAAACCAGAAGAUGAGAAGCAAACCCAGGUUAUCUGUUGUCCACCCAACUCCUGCAGAGGGUGCCAACGAAAGGGACAGCAGCGACCAAGGAAUCAGGGGAACGAGUGCCAGUGCUGCGGCCAGGAGUGUCCGACAAGGAAGUCCAAGAAGCCUCAGACAGGAAAUAUGGAGGGCAUGAUGCCAGCAAGCCAGCAAUUCCUCAUGUUCUUGCAGGCCUAUGGUCUGGCUGCGGCCCUAAUCCGCGAUAGGAAUCGCCGGGAAGACGAGCGACAGCAGAAGGAGUUUGAUGAGAAACGUAGGAGAAGUUCAAGCAAGAGCAAGGAUAGAAAAGGGUCGGCAAAGGGGAAAGAGAAGGGCCAGAAGAAAAAGAAAGAGUAAUGUUUAAUUAAGAAUAAAAUAUUGAUGAGGGUCAAACUAG